GUGGUCGUGUAGUUCAGUUCACAUUUGUAUGAAAAUUGCCUACACUGAAAGUUAGGUUGGAUAUUUCGUCAUGAGUCGAAGACAGGGCGUAAAGAGGGUGGCAUCAUCGGAUCAGGAUGAGAGACCGUCGUUGAAAAGCGGCUUUACUUUUCACAUUGAUAAUCCGAACUGGGGAGACGUUUCGGGUGUGCAAUUGAGGAAACACAGCGAUGGCGAAAGCACAUGCUGGAUCGUUGAAAGCAUCACCGAGGGAGAAAUCAAACCGGGAGUCGAACCACAGACGUUUUCAAUGAUUGCCUGGAGCGCCAAAUGCGAGGGUACAUAUUUGCCGAAGGACGACCCGAAUCCAGAAAGACGAGAAGAAACAUUAAUUGAACAGCGUAAACUUUACGAAUACACACAACGAUCGCCGGGUAUUCCCUGCCAAUCGAAGGAACCUCAAAACCUAGAGCGAGCCCAUUACACUAAAGCAGCACUACAAAUUGUAGAAAGUCGUACUGCAGAAGCAAAGGAGGUAUUUUUUCACGGCAAAGAGUGGAAGGAUUUAAAUGACGUGAAAAACAUAUUUGGAUGUCUUUUUCCGGCACCAUCCGACUUUACACGGUGGGACGACGAUGUCAAGUUCGGAAUGCAGCGUUUUGCUGGCACGAACAACGGAAUGAUCCGGCUAUGUGAGGAAAUACCCAAGAAACUUGCGGUAACACCGGCAAUGCUUAAACCCUUCUUAGAAAAGGAUACUCUGCAAUCGGCAUUAUCGUAUAAUCGUCUUUUUAUAAUAGACCAUUCAAUUCUAGAUGAUUGCAACAAGGAGAGCGAGAGUGUAGUGUGUUCUCCUAUAGCGUUGUUCUACAGACGAAACGAUGACACAAUUGUUCCCAUCGCCAUACAGCUGUUCCAAGACCCAGCAGACGACAACCCUGUCUUCCUUCCUUCUGACAACAAAUACACGUGGAUUCUCGCAAAAAUGUGGUUCAAUAACGCAGACGCAAACGUCCACCAAUCUAUCAGCCAUCUUGGGUACACACACAUCGUCAUGGAGGGGUUUGAGGUAUCCGUUCACCGACAUCUGGCACAGUCACACCCGAUGUAUAAACUCAUGUUACCACACUUUGUGCAUUUGGCGACAAUCAAUGAGCUUGCUUUGGCGAUUUUGCUCAAUGAAGGAGGCUUUGUGGACACAGUUAUGUCUACAGGUACAAAAGGAGCCUAUGAGUUGAUAAAGCGUUACCAACCCAAAUGGAGGCUCAACGUGGACGGAACGCUCCCGGCCAGCCUCAAAGAGAGAAAGGUAGAGAAACCAGAAGUAGUUCCCGACUACCCCUUCCGGGAGGAUGCUCUUCUGACAUACAACGCAAUCCUGCAAUACGUAACCGAUUACGUGCUCCUAUAUUAUCCAUCCGACAACGUGUUGUCUCAAGACUAUGAGGUUCAGAACUGGCGGGCAGAAUUGGACAGGCCCAUUGAAAAAGGUGGCCUCGGGGUCCUGGGUAUUGAAGGUGUCAACGGGAAGUUUACGUCACGUGACCAGUUGAUUCAGGUCGUCACGAGCAUCAUUUACACGUGCAGUGCAGGUCACGCGGGUGUGAACUUCAAGCAGUAUGAUGAGUACGCCUUUCCGAUGAACUACCCAUCAAAGAUGCGAGGAAAACCGCCCAGCGACAAAAGAAGUCAUUCUGAACGCGACGUGCUGCAAGCCAUUCAAGAUCGCUCUGACCACUACCAACUUCUGACGAUAAUAAAAAUUCUCAGCGAGCAUUCUUUCGGGAAGGCAUUGGGAAACUUUGAAGUAAAGUACAUCUUCGAGCAGAAAGCAUUGGACAUUGUGAACAAGUUUCGAGCAGAGCUUAAAAAGAUUCAUGCAACAAUCCAAGAAAGGAACAGCAAAAGAGCAAUCCGCUACGACUACAUGGAUCCAAUCUUAAUACCAAAUUCUAUCAGCAUCUAAGAAAAGAAGCCCAUUUGCAUCUGACGCCCUCGGCUUAAAGAGACCACCACGAGUCCGUUUCUCUGUCACCAGUAUUUGACGUAUUUUACAUAUCCUUAGAAAGCUGAGAGGGGACUAAACCUGUGACUUCCCGGUCGAUGGCGGACACCACAUCCAUUUCAAAAUUGCAGAUGUAAACUAUCUCUGAAACAAUAACAAACAAUACCUGUAUAAUCUGCACUCGACAGAAAGGAAAAAAUCAUCCUGGUGAAUUGUGAGUAAAAUAUACAAUGCGGUUUGUUUAACGUAACGUAGAUCUAAAAUAACAUCUGUAAAAUCUGUGAAUUUGCAAACUAAAAUAAAGCUCGAAUAAAGUAUUAAACGUGAAUAUUGCAACCCUAUAAUGAUAUAUUACAUUAAUGGUAUGUGUUGGCGUGUGUAGUUGGUGAUAGUUGUCGUUAUGUUUGGUGUAUGUUCGAGCCUGUUACUAUAGUGUGUGCUUUGUUUUAUCAUGAGCAUGUUCUGAUCCAUUUAAACUGGUGUAUUACAUUACUUGAAAAAAGUUCAUAUUUUCAGUAUAUUUGGUAAUAAAGUCUCGCGAUGUGAAAUCGAAAGUACAUCGCGAAAAUAGGUGAAAUAACGAUAUAUACACUAUAAAUAACGCAAGUAGAUUUAUCAGUUUAUAUAUGAUAUAUAUAUAUACAAUUCACUACGCAUGCACAAUUUGCAUUUCUUGGGUUUACCACGUGAAGAUGAGGAUCAUUCUACUAGCGUUAUUUAUAGUGAACAGGUAGUACCUGGUAGAGAUACCCAGUAAAAGGUAUAACCAAAUAUACUGAAAAUAUGAAAACUUAACAACUUUUUCAAGAAAUGUAAAGUACCGGUCGUGAUAUUUUAAUCAAUGUAAACUAAUAAUUGUAAAAAAAUACGGUAUUUUUCAACUGUUAUUUUCUUCGUCGUUGUGGAUGACAGUCCCUUUAAUGCAUGUUUGUUUUUUUAUCCUUAAUAUUAUAAUAUUAUAUUAGAAUGUUAACAUGGUAAUACUGUUUGUAUGUAAAAUGAUUACUAUUGUUGUAAUGAUUAUGUCAACAACACAUUUUGAUCCAGAAAUCGUAAUACAUGUGUGAUCAAUAAUUACACCGUUUAUUUUAUUGUAUUACAAACGUGCGUUUGUGUUGUUAUUAUGUUUUGAUUUUUUAUUCUGACUUAUUUUACCUGACAGUGUUUUCAUACACAAUAUGUUUAGCUUUAAUAAAUCAUCGUUGUAGUAAUGUAAGAGAAAUAAGCAAAUUAUAUUCAUGGAAAUAAAAAACACAAUAUCAUACAACGCUUGACGAAUCUGCUCUAAGUGGAUUGGAAAAACCUCCCUGCUGAUGUCUGAGUCAAAUACAUUUUGUUUUCAUUUGUUUGAUUUGUAAUUUGAUGUUAAAUAAAAGUGUUACAUGUGUGAAAUGCUUUAUUGCGCUUUUAUAGAGUUCUGAAUAAUGUAUUGAAAAUGUACUGAGCCUUGCAGCGUGAUCAUAUUGUUUAAAUUGUGUUUGUUUUGGGAAUCUUUUGAGUAAUAUUUUUUUCAAUAUGUUUUUUUCAAUAUGUUUUUUUCAAUAUGUUUUUUUCAAUAUGUUUUUUUCAAUAUGUUUUUUUCGCUGACCGAUGUAGUUAUGUUUGAAUCUGAGUAAGUAGUUGCCUUUCAAUGUAUGCUUCUUGUUGUCAUUAUUUGAAAAAAAAGUUAACCUUAUGACCUUGUUUGUAUCUUAAGAAAACGAUUGGGUAUAGCAAUUGUUGUAAUGUGAAUGUCCAUAACCAAUGAAAUUCAUAAUUCGUCGUAUAAUCUAAUAUCACAUACUCUUGUUUAUGAAGUAUAUUUCUUGUAAAAUACUACAGCCCACACUACAAUGCCAGUUUACUAUCAAUGUGUAAGAUAUGCUUGCAGGUUUGUCUUGAGGUAAAUAAAGGUUAUUUAUCAAAAUA